CUGCACAGAGUUGGCAGUUCUCUCCCGCAUUUGUAAACAAACUAUUUGUAGCUCUUACUUUAUUGCAAAUUUAAUUUAAAAAAACAAACAGCCAAGAUGGGUAAAAGGCAGCAUCAAAAGGACAAAAUGUACCUCACGUACACGGAGUGGAGUGAGCUGUAUGGCGGCAAAAAAGUGGAAUCCUUGGAGAACGACCAUGUCAAGUUCAAGCGGCUGCCAUUCGAGCACUGCUGCAUUACGAUGGCGCCCUACGAGAUGCCCUACUGCGAUCUACAGGGCAAUGUGUUCGAGUACGAGGCCAUUCUUAAGUUUCUCAAGACCUUUAAGGUGAACCCCAUCACCGGGCAGAAGAUGGACUCCAAGUCAUUGGUGAAGCUGAACUUCCACAGGAAUGCAAACGAUGAGUACCACUGCCCCGCCUUGUUCAAGCCCUUCAGCAAGAACUCGCACAUCGUGGCGGUGGCCACAACUGGAAAUGUAUACUGCUGGGAGGCAAUCGACCAGCUGAACAUUAAGACAAAGAACUGGAAGGAUCUGGUGGAUGACACGCCAUUCCAGCGUAAGGAUAUCAUCACAAUACAAGAUCCUCAGAAGCUGGAAAAGUACGACAUCUCGACCUUCUAUCAUAUUAAGAAGAAUCUACGAGUCCUGACGGAAGAAGAGCAGCAAGAGAGAAAGAAUCCAGCCAGCGGCCGCAUUAAGACCAUGAAUCUGGAGACCAAGGAGACGCUGGAACAGCUGCAGCAGGACUAUCAGCCAGCGGAAGAGGAGGCCUCCACUUCGAAGCGUACAGCUGACAAGUUCAACGCAGCUCACUAUUCAACUGGAGCGGUGGCGGCCAGUUUUACGUCUACCGCCAUGGUGCCCGUUUCCCAAAUAGAGGCGGCUAUCAUAGAUGAUGAUUUGGUCAAGUACGAGCGGGUAAAAAAGAAGGGCUACGUUCGUUUAAAUACGAACCUUGGCCCUCUCAACCUGGAGCUCUUCUGCGAUCAAACUCCUCGAGCCUGCGAUAACUUCAUCAAGCAUUGCGCCAAUGGUUACUACAAUAAUGUUAUGUUUCACCGGUCCAUAAGGAAUUUUAUUGUGCAAGGUGGUGAUCCCACUGGAAGUGGUUCUGGUGGCGAGUCCAUUUGGGGCAAGAAGUUUGAGGACGAGUUUAAGCCGAAUCUUACGCACACGGGCCGAGGAGUGCUAUCAAUGGCCAAUUCGGGACCCAACACCAAUGGCUCUCAGUUCUUUAUCACCUAUCGCUCUUGCAAACAUCUCGACGGCAAACACACCAUCUUUGGAAAGCUUGUCGGAGGAUUAGACACUCUUCAAAAGAUGGAAAAUAUCGAGGUGGAUAACAAGGACAGACCAAUUGAGGACAUCAUCAUUGAGUCCUCACAGGUCUUUGUGAAUCCAUUUGCCGAGGCAGCCGAACAGUUGGCCAAGGAGCGCGAGGAGGAGGCGGCCGGCAAGGAGGAGAUUGUCAAGAAGGAGGAGCAGCAAAAGCGCAUGAAGGAGCCACUGAAGGUGUACAGAGAGGGCGUAGGCAAGUACCUGAAACUUCAGACAGUGGCCAAAAAGCCAGAGGCGCCACUUACAUCCGCUCAAGCAGCCAAGAAGAAGAAACUGGCGAAUGGUUUUGGAGAUUUCUCCAGUUGGUAACCCAUUGUUUUCCAAAAAUAAAUAUUUAAAAGACCGUUUUAGAAGU